GUCGCAUUAACGAACGUGAAAAGCUGUGUGCGAAAUGGCGGAGGACAGUGGCAGUAAAAAAAUCACGAUUACCGUGAAAACUCCUAAGGAUAAAAAGACCAUUGAAAUAGGAGAAAAUGCUGAGAUCAAAGAGCUUCGUGCUACUGUUGCUGAGAAAUUUGAAUCCGACCCGGAUCUAGUAUGUCUGAUUUUUGCCGGGAAGAUCAUGAAAGACACGGAUACAAUGAAGACUCACAACAUUAAAGACGGCCUUACCGUACAUCUGGUAAUUAAGGCUGCACCUAGAAGCGAGCCUGAAGGACCCCGUCGUCCACCUGCUGAUGUUAGCCAGACACCGUUUGGGCUGAACCAGCUUGGUGGAUUAAGUGCACUUGGAGCUCUCGGUGGCAAUCAGACAAAUUUUAUGGAUUUGCAAUCAAGAAUGCAACACGAGUUGCUGGGUAACCCAGAGUUGAUGCGAACCGUUUUGGACAAUCCGUUAGUUCAGCAAAUGAUGAAUAAUCCGGACACAAUGCGCCAGCUCAUUACAUCUAAUCCGCAGAUGCAGGAUUUGAUGCAGCGUAAUCCUGAAAUUUCACACAUGCUAAAUAAUCCAGAACUGUUACGUCAGACCAUGGAGUUAGCUCGCAAUCCUUCUAUGUUGCAAGAAUUGAUGAGGUCUCAUGAUCGUGCCAUGUCUAAUUUAGAAAGUGUACCAGGAGGGUAUAGCGCUUUGCAGCGAAUUUAUCGAGACAUUCAAGAACCGAUGUUGAACGCAACAUCACGGAACCCCUUCUCGGGAACUGCGGACUCUGGUAGUUCCGAAAAUCCGCAACAAGGAACGGAAAACCGAAACCCACUACCAAAUCCCUGGGGCGGAGCCCAAAGUGGAAACAAUCAAUCGGCAGAUAAUCCACCACCAAACAUACUGAACACACCGACUAUGCAGAGUUUGUUGCAGCAAAUGGGAGAAAAUCCGUCAUUAAUGUCAAACAUGAUGAACGCGCCUUACACUCGGAACAUGCUCGAAGCAUUAUCAGCUGAUCCCAAUAUGGCUGCGAAUUUGAUGAGUCAAAAUCCAAUAUUGGCUAAUAAUCCAGCACUUCAAGAGCAAAUGCGCACGAUGAUGCCACAGUUUUUACAGCAGCUCCAAAACCCAGAAGUGCAGCAGAUGAUGUCAAAUCCGCAAGCCCUUGAUGCUAUAUUACAGAUUCAGCAAGGAAUGGAGCAAUUACGUUCGGUUGCACCCGGGUUAGUUAACACAAUGGGUAUUCCUCCUCCUCCUCCGGGUGGAUCGAACACAACUUCUGGCACUGGAAGCACUACAACUAGCAGCAAUACGACCACUCAGCCGAAUCAAGCGCUGUUUUCAGAUUUCAUGUCGCGUAUGAUCAACGGCAUGGGUACCAGCUCUAACCCGAAUGUCCCUCCUGAAGAACGCUACCGCUCGCAACUUGAGCAACUUGCUUCGAUGGGGUUUGUAAAUCGCGAAGCCAAUCUUCAAGCUCUUAUUGCUUCGUUUGGAGAUAUAAACGGGGCAGUUGAAAGGCUUUUGGCCCUGGGCCAGCUAUCCCUGAGUUAACGUGUUUGAUGGUUGAAUAAGAAUAUCCCCGUAAUAAUUUGACGAUAGACAGCAAACACACUCGAACAUGCUAUAGGACGAUUAGUUGCAUCUAAUAACAAAAGUCAGCUAUAAAUUGUAUCUUGAUUCCAUUCGUUCGCUAGUUGCCGGAAGGAAGAAAAAGGCAACUUAGGUUUACAAAUUUAAAAACGAGAUUUUUAAGUGGCUUAGUGAAAUGUUAACCCUCUUAAGACGUAUGUUUUCCGUUUAAUUUCACUAUAAUAGUGUCAUGGUGGAAUUAAGCGGAAGACAAUUGAUUUGAGAGGUUUAACUUUGUUUUGUAUUAUGCUAUAUUUAGCAAAUGCAUUAAAAAAAAAUUGCUAGGCCAUUUUCGAGGAAAUGUAAAUCAUAUGAAGAGGUCCUCAAACAUACUAUAAGGUCUCGUAAAUAAGUAGAUGCACUGGAUGGGAUUCUAUCUGUAUCCAAUAAUCCGACAUUUCCAAUUCUAUAUGUGUGUGUAUCAGAAUAAACCAAUCAAAUUGCCGUUCAACUAAAAUUGUAGAAACAGCAGUGUAGAAAUCAAAGGCAAAAUCCAAUAAAAUGUACUAUUUUAGUCAUUCAAUAACAACAUACAAAGACACUCCUUGAUAUCUUGUAGAUUAGACGGUGGUAUAGCGAAAGGCAAAUUUAUUCAUGAGGUCGAAUAAAAAUGAGAAAAAAAUUACUGUUUCGCCAUUUUGUGCUAACAGAUUUAUUCAUUCAAACAAAAGUAUGUAAUAAAAUCCGGUAAAAGCUGGUGUUAAGAGAAA